UAUGGUUCGCGGUUGGAUUCGUCACGUAGGUGCCGGGAUUGGUUUUGCGGGAUGAAGAUGCCAUUUUUCUACUGGAAGAUGACAGAUUUCCUCCCAUAAAACCCGAUUUACUUAGCGCAUAUGCCGCAGCCACACACGAUGUCACGAAGCCCGUUAGCAAUAUGCGUCGUCCUGGAAUGUUAGAGAAUUUCAGCCACGCGCGGUGUUCAGUUGGAGUCAUAAAAGCGUGCGCAGUGAAAUGGUAAUCCAAGGGAUAAUAACGCUGAUUUUUGUUUAUAAAAAUGCAAUCUGGCACAUAACCACACUGGGGCAGUUUGGGAGAAUUGAUGUAAGGAAAAGGAUCGAAACAUCCAGGAAAAUGCAAAACUGAUCGAUAGCAGCGGUGCCAGAUAAGGGGCGGAGCGACACGUUGCCGCCUGCCAACCGCCUGCGCUUCCAUGCUGCUGCGAUUUAGUUUCGGGCUUGUGAAAAUGCUGACUACGGCACCUUACUUUGAAAGUCGCUUUCGCAAUCUCUCAGCUGUCCCGUUUUUCGGAUUUCUAAGUUUCUUUGGUUCUGUGACUUUUGUUUGCAUUUUGUAACUUGUUCCUUUUUUCGCUUAUGAUCCCGCGAUAUUUUUCUUCAGCUGGGCCCUGAACUUGUGGACUGACCAACUACUGGAAAAUGUAAACUGAUACUGUUGGUUGCGACAGGAAGCUGCAUGAAGAAGACCCUGGUUUAGUUUUGAUUUUUGGAAGUUUGGACAUUUUAUGGUUUCUCCUGAGCAUCUCUGAAUCUGAUCUGCCUUUGUUUCCAUGUUGCUGGUUGCACAACAGUUGCUUUUGACAACGGUGAUGAUUUUUAAAGAAUGUUACGGUGGAGAAAUAUUCAAAGAUUCUUCCAGAGGCAGAAAUUAUCGCUUGUGCGGACUGUGGCAAGUGCGUCAGAUGCCAUUAGUCCGAUGCAGCUUACGCUGGCCAUCGUGAAACCCCAUGCGGUUUCUCAGCCGUUUGUUGUUCAGGGUAUCGACGAAGCGAUCCUCAAGGAGGGAUUUUAUGUUGUGCGGAAUAAAGAAAUAUACCUUUCCAAGGACGAAGCUUCGCAAUUCUACGCUGAGCAUAAAGGGCGGUUUUUUUAUCAGCGUGCGGUCGAAAUGAUGGCCAGUGGACCGAUAAUUGUUAAAAUUCUUGCCCGGAUAAACGCAAUUUCUCACUGGAGAACAUUAAUGGGGCCUACAAAAGUAUCCAGGAGAGUACAAUUGUGUCCUUUUCACCUUUGCACUACGACAGCCCGUUACUUUAUCAGGACAAAGCUCACACACCCAGAUUCACUUCGUGGAAGAUUCGGAUUAACCGACACAAGGAACGCCGUUCAUGGUUCAGACUCUGACACGUCGACAGCGCGUGAAUGCAAUUUUUUCCUUCCGGAAUUCAAUGUGAAAGAAUGGUACGAAAACGAUGAACCGGUGUACCGCUCUGGCAACGUCAAAUACGAUGAAACAAUUGGUGUGCAUGUAAGAAUAUUGUAACGGGCAUUGUAUUGUUUUUGUAUUGCUCUUUACGUGAAUUCUGUGAUUGUUUUCCACGUUUUAAAAAUCUCUUGUUAUGGAGUUUGAUUUUGCAGCUCCGAAGCAUUUACUGGCUUUACCGGUGUUGAUAUAAUUACAAGAACGGUGAAAAAUAAAAGCCAGAAGAA